AGCAGUCUCAGAUCCUGACGGUGCAGCAGCCCGCAGCCUCAGCCAGGGAGUCCUAGUCGCUUUCAAUGGAGGAGAAGCCCGGCCAGCCACAGCCUCAGCACCAUCACAGCCACCACCAUCCGCACCAUCAUCCCCAGCAGCAGCAGCAGCAGCAGCAACCGCACCACCACCACCAUUAUUAUUUCUACAACCACAGCCACAACCACCACCACCACCACCACCACCAGCAGCCUCACCAAUACCUGCAGCAUGGAGCCGAGGGCAGCCCCAAGGCCCAGCCAAAGCCGCUGAAACAUGAGCAGAAACACACCCUCCAGCAGCACCAGGAAACGCCGAAGAAGAAAACAGGCUAUGGUGAACUAAAUGGGAAUGCUGGAGAAAGAGAAAUAUCUUUAAAGAGCCUGGGUUCUGAUGAAGCUACCAACCCUAUUUCCAGGGUCCUCAAUGGCAACCAACAAGUUGUAGACACUAGCCUGAAGCAGACUGUAAAGGCCAGCACCUUUGGGAAAGCAGGAAUUAAAACCAAAAAUUUCAUUCAGAAAAACAGUAUGGACAAAAAGAAUGGGAAGUCUUAUGAAAAUAAAUCCGGAGAGAACCAGUCUGUAGAUAAGACCGAUACUGUAGCAAUUCCAAAUGGUGUUAUAACAAAUAAUUCUGGCUAUAUUACUAAUGGUUAUAUGGGCAGAGGAGCAGAUAAUGAUGGUAGUGGAUCUGAGAGCGGAUAUACCACUCCUAAAAAAAGGAAAGCUAGGCGCAAUAGUGCCAAGGGUUGUGAAAACCUUAAUCUAGUACAGGACAAAAUAAUGCAACAAGAAACCAGUGUCCCAACCUUAAAACAGGGACUUGAAACUUUCAAGCCUGACUAUAGUGAACAAAAGGGAAAUCGAGUAGAUGGUUCAAAGCCCAUUUGGAAGUAUGAAACUGGGCCUGGAGGUACAAGUCGAGGAAAACCUGCUGUAGGUGAUAUGCUUCGGAAAAGCUCAGAUGUUAAACUUGGUGUGAGCAGCAAAAAGUUUGAUGAUCGGCCCAAAGGAAAGCAUGCUUCAGCUGUUGCUUCCAAAGAGGACUCGUGGACCCUAUUUAAACCACCCCCAGUUUUUCCAGUGGACAAUAGCAGUGCUAAAAUAGUUCCUAAAAUAAGUUAUGCAAGUAAAGUUAAGGAAAACCUCAACAAAACUAUACAGAACUCUUCUGUGUCACCAUCUUCAUCCUCAUCCUCUUCGUCAUCUACCGGGGAGACUCAGACCCAAUCUUCAAGUCGGUUAUCCCAGGUCCCUAUGUCAGCGCUGAAAUCUGUUACUUCUGCCAACUUUUCUAAUGGGCCUAUUUUAGGAGGGACUGAUGCAAGUGUGUAUCCUCCAGGGGGUCAGCCACUGCUAACUACUGCUGCUAAUACUCUAACACCCAUCUCUUCUGGGACUGAUUCAGUUCUCCAGGACAUGAGUCUAACUUCAGCAGCUGUUGAACAAAUUAAAUCUAGCCUUUUUAUCUACCCUUCAAAUAUGCAAACUGUGCUGUUGAGCACAGCACAAGUGGAUCUGCCCUCUCAGACAGAUCAGCAAAACCUGGGGGAUAUCUUCCAGAAUCAGUGGGGUUUGUCAUUUAUAAAUGAGCCCAGUGCUGGCCCUGAGACUGUUAUUGGGAAGUCAUCAGAUCAUAAAGUGAUGGAGGUGACAUUUCAAGGAGAAUAUCCUGCCACUUUGGUUUCACAGGGUGCUGAAAUAAUCCCCUCAGGAACUGAGCAUCCUGUGUUUCCCAAGGCUUAUGAACUGGAGAAACGGACUAGUCCUCAAGUUCUGGGUAGCAUUCUAAAAUCUGGGACUACUAGUGAGAGUGGAGCCUUAUCCUUGGAACCCAGUCAUAUAGGUGACCUGCAAAAAGCAGACACCAGUAGUCAAGGUGCUUUAGUGUUUCUCUCAAAGGACUACGAGAUAGAAAAUCAAAAUCCUCUGGCCUCUCCCACGAACACUUUGUUAGGCUCCGUCAAAGAACAGAGAUACCAGAGAGGCCUAGAAAGGAAUGAUAGCUGGGGUUCUUUUGACCUGAGGGCUGCUAUUGUAUAUCACACUAAAGAAAUGGAAUCUAUUUGGAAUUUGCAGAAGCAAGAUCCCAAAAGGAUAAUCACUUACAAUGAAGCCAUGGAUAGUCCAGAUCAAUGAAGGACCAGACUGCCUAUUCGUAACCUUUCUGCAGCAUUAGAGCCACCGUUCAUGGGGGACACAAGGCUUUUAUGCUCCUAGAUCUUCAACGCAGCAGAGGAACCAUAAGUAGAAUCACAGGAUAAUAUAUACAAAUAUAUAUAUAUACAUACAUAUAUAUAUAUAGUUAUUUAAAAAAAGGCAACUGAAAGUAAUUAGACUUCUUAAGGAAUCAAAUUUAUUUCAAGAGACUACACACAUGGUUAUUUAAUCUCCGGUACUGAAUAGUUUUUUUUUUUCUUCUUCUUCUUUUGUUAGUUUUUGUUUUUUAAGUGUGAAUGCAAGUGAUUAAUGAAUACAGACUUAACAAGCGUGGUUCUAAAGUUCCUGCUGUCAUCAACUUGGGCAACAAACGACCCACUGGAAAGGCCAAUCCACUUAAAAGAUCUCUGUAUCUUGUUCUGUGACUAAAGUGAUACACUAAUCACGGGGAACCCAAAAUGAUUCAACAUUUUCCCCCACUCCCUUGAUCUUUUGGUUUUACUUUAAGCCCUGCAAGAAUGCUGGAUAAAUGCCUUGAAGUUUGCAGGGCUGUAUUUUUUUUUUUAACGAAUAUGAUUUGCAUGUCUUGCCAGGAGUUAAGCAGCCUCUGUGGGGAGUUGGGACAAUAUUUUCUUUCUUUCGUUUUAUUUUUUAUGGGGUGGGGAUAGGGGAGGGCAUUGAAGUUCUACAAUUCUGGAAUAGUUGGUGGUACAUAGUUAACUUGGCUUCAGUUACGUAUUGGACUCUAACAACUGAAGAAUCCAUGAGUGUCAUUUAAAGAAAACUUGCAGAACAGGCAAUUGGCUUAGAUAUUUAAUAUGGAAAAAUAUUCCUGUGCCCAUAUUUUAAUGUAAUUGUAUAACUGGGAGCAAAAGUAUAUUCUGCUUUUCAACUGUAGGUGCUCCAGACUUGCUCUCUGUCACUAACACUAAGUGUGCUGUUAUUGUUUUUCAUCAAACAUCUAAGAGAAACUUCUGUACCUUUCUGUACAUUCUUUUAAUUUCUCAGCAAAAUCUAAAAGGGGAAGAGAAAAGCCCAUAAGAACUAAAACUUUUCAAGUUUUUAGCUAGUGAGGAGUUAAUAAAACCUGCCUAUAGAAGGUGUGUUUUCAUGCAAACUAUACUUCUGAGCUUAUUAGCUUCUAAUUAUAUCUUAAUAUAAAUAUAUUUUGUUACUAGAGCAAAAAGGGUUUUUAAGAAAAAUAAUGUGACAUUCUGGACAUUUUCUUUUGGGCAGAGAAGAGCAUUACCCUGUCUUACCAUCACAUUGCUAUCCUGUUGCACUGCAGCUUGUGUAUAGCAUGCUAAAAGAAAUUUUUGUGCGUGUGCAGAAACUAAGGGUCCAGUGUAAGAUUGGGUGAUGUUAGUGGCUUAAUAACAAGUUCUCUGACCUGAUGUAGUGUCACACCACACAGAGAAAUUAGUAUAUCCAUGUAUAUCAAAUACAGGUUAAAAUAGCAGGGCAUUUUUAUAAAGAGUUGUCUUCUAAUAAAAGUAGACUGUAUCCCCUGGGCUAUUUGGGGAGAUAGUAACUACUUUUGCUCUACCCCUUUGCUUAAGAAGUGUUCAGUUUCGAACGACUGUAGUAUGGAUGGGUUUUCUUGUUUUGUUGGUUUAAGACUUUUAACAAGUAGUUCAUGAAAGAAGCUGUUGGACUCAACAUAGUGUAGAGAAAAUAUCUUUUUAGUCUGGAUUUCUGCCCUGCUUAGAUUUUAAAAGUAUGAGCAUGGAUUGCCAAUUCCACUUGAUGUAAACAAAACUUUUUAUACAUAAUAUAUAUAUAAUAACUUAUUGUAUCAGUCCAGGUUCAGAAACUUGUGGUAGGCCAGUUCCAGAUAGUUUCAUUUCACCUGUAAACUGUAUCACUUUUACUGAUAUUGUAAUUUUCAAAUGUAUAAUAUGUUUACAGAUGUGCCCUGCAUUUAGUCUGCCUUGUUCCUAUUUUAAUUUUUGUUGAGUCUCCUGCCUGCUUGCCAAAAGCUAGGAUGCUUCAGGCCCAUGUACAAUUGAAAGCAGAGGCAUCCUUGAGCUUUAAAGCAUUGAACAAACUGGAAAAUGCAACAUACCACAUACUGAAGUGAAAAGAAGUCUGUGUCUUUGUGUUUUUUUUUUAAAUAAAAUUUUUCAAAAAGUUUAAAAAAAAGAUAAAAGGUUGAUUAAAGAAAAGAAAAAAAAAAGGCUCCAGUUUGUUUUACAGGUUUUAAAGUUCUGCUGUGUGUUCAAUUGCCUUGUGUAACCACUUGUCGCCUUAGGGCCAGAUCCCCCCUCCCCCCUUUUUUUAAAUGUCCAUUUUGCUUGCCUGGAAUUUUAAAGUUCUUCUGUCUCACAACUCACAAGAAACUUUCUGGGUUUGUGACGUAGAGAGGUUGAAUGAAUAUAUAUUUAAAAAAAAAAAAAAAAAAAAAAAACACCACCCAGUCCCCAUUUGAAUUAGGCUUUUUAACUUAGAAGCAACACUUAAUUAAACCUUUAGAAAGCUUUUCUUUCCUAAUUCCCUUCCAUAUCCCUCAGGCCUCCAUGUUCAGAGAAGCCAAAAAGAGAAUGUAACCCUUCUGUUUGUCCAAAGGUUUUGAGAAUCUCACUUCUAAAUGAAACAAUGCAACAUUUCAGUUUGAUUUCUCCACUGAAAUUUCCUUGAUUAUGGUUAGAGGUAUAUAGUUAGGAAUGUCUCUUAACUUUGUGGGAACCCUAGUGCCCCAUCAUAUUAACUGUCAGUAUUUUGGGGGCGUUGGGUUAAUGGACUUAAUCGCCUAGAUACAAGCAGGACUUUGGGACAAACCUUUGUGCUGUUUGGAAACACUUAACUUUCUACUUGUUGCAAUCUUUCUCCUUAGGUCCUCACACAAUUCUUUACAGAGCACUUAUUAAAAAAAAAAAAAUUUUAAGAGUUGAUCUGUUUUCUGAUUAUUUUUGUGUAAGCUUCUAAACAAAUUUCAGCUGUGAUUAAUUUAGCACAUUUAAAUAACAAUGUGUUAAUGUUUGAUAAAAAGUUUUCCUUCAACUCAGAGUAUUAGUACUGUAGCAUAAACCAAAUACAGUCUAGAAGGGAUUUUUAACAUCCCUCCAUUAUAAAGACUGAAAAAGGUGUGUGUGUGUGUUGAGUGCUUGUAUGUGAGGGAAGGAUGGAGAUAUUACAAAUUAGUAAAUGAAUGUGUAUAAGACAUUAUAUUAGUAUUCAGAGAAUGAACUUGUAUUUAUUUUGUGCCAUUUGUUUUCAUUACACAGAAUAAAGUCAGGUGGUUUAAAUCCUGAAAAGGGUAGUAUUUGAAAAAUGGCACUAAGAAUGAAAUCAUGACCUAUUUUUUUAAUAGCUAUGAAGAUACUAAUUAUGGGUGAAGAUUUCUUUUUAAAUCUGUCUUGAUUGUAGGCUUCUGUGUCACAUACCGCUCUUGUGUAGUUGUCUUGAAUAAUCCCCCUUCCCCGCAAAAAGACAGGGUGUAUUUAUCUUUCUCUUUAUCCACCCCCACUUUGCCAAACCCGAAGUUAAUUGCAUAGCCUUUCCUCUAACCUCCUUAGUAAUGAACCUUCACAUAAAGUGUAUUUACAACAUCUAUAGGAUCCCUUCCUCCUCUGCUUUCUAGGAGGGGAUAGCCAAUAACUUAGAAUUUGUUAAUAACAGUUUUUUCUUUCUUGAAAUAAAUAGCUGGAGAGUUUCUCUCCAUUUUAGAAUUUUGCUGUCCUCCUUAAUUAUCAGCUUACCUAAUCAUCACUCAAAAUCUGCAAAAACUUCAUAAAGGAAAAAAAAAAAAGCUGCAUUGAUUUUCAAAUAGCAGUUUUUAGGGAAAAUAUGACAAACUUCAACUAUGGGAGUUGUCCACAAUGCAAAAUGUUUCAUCACAAAACAUUAUAUAGCAGCAGUAUUUCAUACUUGGUUUUUCGGCUUGUUGGUAACGCACAUCAGAGGCAUCUAGUGGUUUAUCUUUUGUAAUUGCUGUAAACACACAAAAAAGCCAUUUAGUGUGAAAUUGUAUAUCACGUACCGAACGAUCUCAGGCAAGGAAAUUAGAAGAGGACUUUAUUCAAUUUUAAGUUCCCUUAAUAAGGAGGGAGUUAUUCUUGCAAGGCUUUCUCCAAAGAAAUAGGUUAAAGGUCUGAUUUCCAAGGAUUUUGGGGAUAGUUAUGCCACUGUGCCAUUCCCUCAAAUAACACAUGAUCCUUCUUGUAUACAUAUGCUAACUAUAGAUAAAUAUAUGAGGAUACUUCAAAAAGUUCAUGGAAAAAUAGAAUUAAAAGAUAAUAAAACUCUUCCCAUGAACUUUUGGAAGUACCUUUGUAUGUAUAAAGGACAAUAGUUUUUAUGAACAGGUCUGUUGAUCCUGUACCAGACAAGAUAGAUUCUGAUAGGACAGUGUCUUAAUAGUCCCACCCUUAAUUUAACUAUUGGAUUUUAAAGGAAAGAGUAGGAUUUGCUCAUCUACCCCCCGACCAAGUACUGAUAUUUGUUUAAAAGCAGGGGGAGGGGGUUCAGAGGACAAGACUAGAAGCAUAAACAGCUACUCUAAGUUGCCAGAGGCACGUGGGUUAACAUUAGUUCUUAAUAUUGAUGUUAUUUUUAUUAAAGUAAUUAGUUAACAGGGCACCAGGAUUCUCUUAUGAUGAGAGAUGGGCUUCUACUUUGGGUAUCUUGAAAUGUUUCUUCUGAUAUGUGAGAACCAAGAUUACACUGGGUUGGUUUAAAGAUUGGUGAAUCAUUGGCUCCAUUCCAAAAGCACUGCUUUGAGUUUUAAAUUAAAUCUCACACUGUUUUGCUGCUCAAGAAAGAUCUUAAAGUAGUUAAAGUAAGGGAUGCCAGCAAUAGUAUGAAUAGAGUUUUAAGUUGCCUGUGUAAUAAAAACACCCAGUGAAUUAUUAUAUAUUGCUUUUGCAGUACUGGGAAUGUCAAAUACCAUUUAUGGGUUAGAAACUAUGGAACAGCCAUCUUCCAUGUAAUGGAAUUGCUGAUUGAAACUUCCCUAUUCAUAAAAUUUUGUUUUGAAACUUCCCUAUUCAUAAAAUUUUGUUAUGUCCGGAGUUUUAAAGCCAUUUUAUGAUACUGCAGUAUCCCUUUUCUAUGGCCUUUUAAGAAUAACUACAAACAUUUAAUUUCCAGUUCAAUUUCACUUUCACUGUAUAUAACAGUUGUACUCUGCAGACCAACAAACCAACUUGAGGUAAAUCAUAUAGCUUUCCAUAUACCCUUUGUUUCUCAGGUGCUAAACAAAGGCUCCAAAAAUGGGUACUGCUUUAUAGUAACGUCUGCUUUAUUCUUAAAAUACAUACUUCUUUUGCUAGAUGUAAAGAUUUGGUGUUAAGAAAAGUAUGUAAAUAUGAAUGAAUGCCUUCAGUUUGCCUGUUUGUUAAUCUGUUUUCAUUUAUCCUUUAUAGAGGAGGAUCCUUUCAUGAUCUUUCUUGAAUACAUUUCAUUAGGUAUUGUUGCAUUUUUAGAAUGAAAAUACAACUGUUUUCUGUCUUAGAUUAAUCCUGCUGCUGCUAUGAGAAACAAAAUCAAGAAUGUGAUGCACUUUUUACAUUACUAUAUACUAUACAUAUACCAUAGGUUGCUUUGAUACCUUUCCUGUAGCACAGCCACUAACAAAAGUGAAUGAAUUUUAAAAUUCUCGGUGAGGAAUCUGUACAAGUAACUAAUCCAUAGUUGGUAUUGGCCUAUGAAGGACAAUAACUUAGGAAAAUAAAAAUUCUGUUAAUAUUACACUUUUUGGCCUUAAAAUGUCUUCUACUACUGAAAACUUUUUAAAUCUUAGCUUUGUUUCUAUUACUCUCUGCCCCCAAAAGGAAUCGGGAAGAAUGGCUUAAAGGAAGUAGUAUCAUUGGUUUGUUGCUGAUCUUUUAGAAAGAAAACAAUUGUCUACUAUAUAAGCUGGGGACUUAUUUUUUGUUUGUAUACGAAGGAGAAAUAAUGCUGCCCUGAACCGAUCAUAUCUAGUUUAAUCAAAUUAAAACUCCAACUAUUCUGCCUCUCUAGUAAUUUUUUUUUCUUAGCAAAGGUAAACUUAAAUAUAGCAGCAAUGCUGCUUGACAAGAGGAAAAGUCAUUUCUGAAGCACAUACCCAAACUUGAAGGAGAUUGAACCCAAAAUAAUGGGAGGAAAACACCAAAUGAGGUGGAGGAGUAUGAGAAAGAUGAGAAACUUUGUGGUCCAAAGGUAUCUGGUUAUAUUUUAAUGUUGCCAAUAUUUGCAAAGCCAAAAUUUUAAUUUGCUUAAUAUAUUUGUUGGCCAGAGAUCUAUUUUUAUAUCAAUGUGCCUUGCAUGUAUAUUAAAAAAAAUAAUUGGAAAGGCCAUGUAGUAAUGCUUGAGAUAGUUGAUGGUUCUUACCACCUCACUGAUUUUUACGCAGUAUGAAAUGCUCAUUCUAUUGCCCAACUGGUGCUCUCUGUUUGAAGUUAUAAAUCUUAUCAAACUGGAACUAUUUUAUAAACUGGGGAAGUGAUUUACUUUGUUUAUUCUUUUGUUUUUAGUCUGUUAGUGGCUGUUCUGUAGUGGGAAAUAGUAAAAAGGAUUCUUCACUCUCCUUCCCCUUCAGCACCUUCAAGUAAUGUGAUGACACCAUUUCUUAUGUGCUUUGAAAAAAACUUUGAGCUUGCUGUCUCCUUUAGUGUUAUAAAAAAAGUGUUAUAAAGUAUUGUUUGCAAAAUCUAGGGAGAUAAUGGAGUCCACUUUAAUUUGGAAUUCUGUUUGAGCUAUGAUCCACGUUAUCAGCUCUUUCCAACUUUAAAAUUUUUUGUUUGCACCUUGCUUAGAACAUUUUAAAUAUUUAUGUCUGCAACAAUUGUCUCAGAAUAAUAAACUGUGCAAUUCUUGUCAUUAAAAAAAAAAAAAUCUGAACUCUCCCUAAUGUGACUUUUUAGUUUCUCUGUAUUUCCUGCCAGUGUAAAUGUGAAAAGCUUUGCUUGCAUUACGUUUUAGAAAUGCAUUUUGCACACUCGAAUUUUGCCGAAGCUCCUUCAAAAGGUUAGAUCUAAGUAGAUGAAUAAAGCUAUGCACAUGUUUUGAAAGUUUAAUUUGUGUGUCAUUACCAAAAGUGACCUACUUCUUAUUACUUUGCUGUCCUUAGCUUUACCAUCUUUGGAAACAUGGCUCAAAUUUGUAGUUCUGGGCUAGCUCAUCAGUGGAACUAGAAGAGAGGAAAUUUGGCACCUAUUUUAAAUAAAGUUCAGUUUAAAUGAGA